AUGCCCAGCUCCACUGCGAUGGCAGUUGGCGCGCUCUCCAGUUCCCUCCUGGUCACCUGCUGCCUGAUGGUGGCUCUGUGCAGUCCGAGCAUCCCCCUGGAGAAGCUGGCCCAGGCGCCGGAGCAGCCUGGCCAAGAGAAGCGCGAGCACGCGUCUCGGGACGGGCCGGGGCGGGUGAGCGAGCUCGGGCGCCCCGCCAGGGACGAGGGCGGCAGCGGCCGGGACUGGAAGAGCAAGGGCGGCCGUGGGCUCGCCGGCAGGGAGGCGUGGAGCAAACAGAAGCAGGCCUGGGCUGCCCAGGGCGGGGGCGCCAAGGCCGGGGACCUGCAGGUGCGACCCCGCGGGGACAGCCCGCAGGCGGAGCCUGCGGCCGCCGCCGCCGCCGCCCAGGACGCAGCCGGCGCGGACCCAGCGCCCACUCCGGAGCCGCCGGAGGAGUACGCAUACCCGGACUACCGCGGCAAGGGCUGCGUAGACGAGAGCGGCUUCGUCUACGCGAUUGGGGAGAAGUUCGCGCCGGGCCCGUCGGCCUGCCCGUGCCUGUGCACCGAGGAGGGGCCGCUGUGCGCGCAGCCCGAAUGUCCCCGGCUGCACCCGCGCUGCAUCCACGUCGACACGAGCCAGUGCUGCCCGCAGUGCAAGGAGAGAAAGAACUACUGCGAAUUCCGGGGCAAGACCUACCAGACUCUGGAGGAGUUCGUGGUGUCUCCGUGCGAGAGGUGCCGCUGCGAAGCCAACGGCGAGGUGCUGUGUACCGUGUCUGCCUGUCCCCAGACGGAGUGUGUGGACCCCGUGUACGAGCCCGACCAGUGCUGCCCCAUCUGCAAAAAUGGUCCAAACUGCUUUGCAGAAACUGCCGUCAUCCCAGCUGGAAGAGAAGUGAAGACUGACGAGUGCACAAUAUGUCACUGUACUUACGAGGAGGGCACGUGGAGGAUUGAACGACAAGCCAUGUGCACAAGGCAUGAAUGCAAGCAAAUGUAGAGAAUGUACAAUACAAGAACUCUGACAUUUUUAUAGAACAUUUUACUGAUAUGAACAUUCUAGAUUACUCUGGGAAAUAUAAAUCAAAAGAAGACUUUUGAUGAUGAAUGAUGGAAAACUGUUCGUACUUUUGCUUUUCUGGGUAACAAUUCCUGCAAGAGGAGGAAAUCAAAAUAUUUCAAAACAUCAGCAAGAACUUUGGGCAUAAAAUCCCUCUUUAAGAUAAAUGUGCUAUUUUCACAGUAAGUACACUAAAGUACACUAUUAUAUAAUAAAUGUAUUUCUAUAAUCCCUCUACUAGAGAGCUUAUAUCAGUGUUUUCUAUAGAUACAGAUUAAAACUACUGUGUU